CUGCCAGCGAAGGAAAAAGGAAAGCUCAUUACUGAGGGCGACGAGGCACCUCAGCCAACUGCUAGAAAGUGAAUCUUGUCCUUUGGUUUCAAUUAGUUUUUUUUAAAACCACUAUUCACUUAAAAGCAGGAGACAAGUCUGAGAGAAACAAGGACUACAAGCUGUAAACGGCGACAGGGAAUCAGCAGUGACCUCUCACACAGCCCACCUCGACAAGGAUGAACUAACUGGUUUGGCUGCAUGAGUCAGGACCACACCUACACCAUUGUAUGACCCUAUAGGACCCUCAUUAGGAUAUGGCAGUGUCAUAUGUCAGGAUAGGAAAGCUGUAGAGUGAAAGGGGAAAGGAGAGGAGAUGACAUGCAGCAAAGGGCCACAAGGUGAAACUGAACCCACGGCCACUGCAGCAAGGACAGAAACUGUGUACAUGAGGUGCCCGCUCUACUGGGAGCUACUGAGCAGAUCCUUUCAAGAGGCUUUGAAUAAACAAAUUGUGGCUGGAAAAUGACCUAAUUAGCAACAAGCAUAACGACAACCUGGUGCAAAUGUGUUGGUGGUAAUUUCCCCAGUUUCACCUGCAAGAAAGACACAUGCAUCAGCGCGCAUACACGUACGGCACAUUUACAAACCCUGCCCUUCCCUUCCUGCCAUCAGCCCUGGUCCUCCAUGGAUUCCUACAGCUUCCACUUUGAGAGAAUGAGCAACGUGGACCUGCAUCCUCUGAGCCUGCCUGUCAGCCGGCUCUCCCCAGCCAAGUCCAACAGUAGCAUCGCCGACCAGCUCGCACACCACCAACACGGCAAAGGAGACUCUGCCUACAGCUCCUUCUCUGGCGGGUCCACUGCCCCAGACUACCCAUCACCCUUUCUCUCAGACGACCUACAGUCCAGCUCCUUCAGCCACUAUGCUGAUCUUAAGUACGUAAAGUCCAUUUAUCACCCGACCCAGGUUCUGCAGUCUGAUUCAAAGACCAUGGACCAGCUCUAUCGCUCAGUGGAAGCUAUCUCGCAGCAGUAUCGCAACAAUACCAACACCAAUGGAAACCACAACCUCAAUGGCCACAACAGUUUCCAUAACAACAACAAAAUACUCUCUAAACAAGAGGUGCCUUUGGGGGCUCCAUCCCAAGGUGUCCGUCCUCCUCCAGUUCCAGCACGCCUGGAUAGUUACAUAGCCACUAAAAACUUGGAAAACAGCAGGGUGCACCAUCAAGGUACUGAAUGUAAAUCCCAGCAGCCACAGUCUCAACUACAGCCAAGAACCAACAAUCGACUCCAUCCGCAUCCCCAAAGUCCUGACACGACUAACCCUGCUACAGGCAACUCGAGUUUCAAUUCUGACCCAGUGUACUCAGUUUGGAAGGGCUCUGAACAGGCACAGGCCCAGCAGCUGCCAGUCUACCGCCCCCACCUCCAGCCUCAUGACCCGACCAGGGCGCCGGUGAACCCAGAGUACCUUUUCAUCACGGAUAACAAAGCUGUCUCUGAGCAGCAGAAGUCAACAAACAUCCUAAGCCGAUCACCUCCCAGAGGCACAAGCCAGCCUGAGCACCUGAAACCCAGACAGACCUCGAACAGCACUGGGUGUAAUGGAGACCAUCACGACAAGCACAGUGGUAGCAGUGGCCAUUUUGAGAGUCAGCGCAAAAGGGCUCACUCGGCUCAUGAUUGGCUUGGUUCAGAGCCAGCCCGAGCUGCCAGCCCCUGGAAUGCUGGUCAAGGUUUUAUCAACAGCAGCAUCCAGCAUAAGGGUCAGUUCUACUUUGUCACGGGAGUGUGUAAGCCGUCUGACUCUGGUAUGAGGACACACUCUGCAUCUGUGUGUGGGUCUGAGGCUGGGAGUGAGAGCUCCACUGUGUUGGAGACACACCGACUAAGAGAAAAAGAAAGAUGCCACAGCACAAUGGAUAAUUUGUUCAGACCUUUCCAAGAGAGCUCUCGCUCUUCCAGCGGUGUGAUUCCAGAUGAGAGAGAGGCUUUCACUUCCCAGAGCAAGGACCUGUCCCCCAGGGUCCAUGAUCAGGAGAAUCAUAGACUAUCCCUCAUCUCGACACAGUCCUCUCGAAGCUUUGACGCUUUAGAAGAAAUCGACAUGACGCAGAGUCGAGAUAUUGGCCGCCACACUGCCAACAACCCUAUAUUCUACUGUGGACCUGACAAAAACUGCCCACCCCUUUCAACCAAACAAACAAAGGAGGUCACCUCUUUGAUAAGCAAUGAUCAGCCCAGUCAUCACAAGAGAGAAGAGCAGGCAAAGAGAGGAAAACGGCAGCCCUUGGGGGAUGUAGCCAGCGAGAGAAUAAAUAAAGAAACAACCCCACUUUUGUACCACCUCACCGGUGCCAACAGGGCAGCGCUGCAGCCGAAAAAGGAUGCUGAUUUUAGUAUAAAAGGCAAAGACACAAUGCUAAAUAAAGCAGGUCAUGGAGACGUGGUUGUGAACGAUAAAGAGAGACCACCAAAAAGUGACACGAGCAAGAACGAUAGAGGGGAAGUAAUGUCGGUUGCCUGUAACACCCUGGAUGACUCAUUUAAAAAGUACUACAAAGAGAGGCUAAAGGACGCCCAGUCGAAAGUCCUAAGGGAGACGUCAUUUAAAAGGAGGGAUCUGCAGCUGUCAUGGCCGCACCGUAUCAGGCAAAAACCCGAGCUGAGGCCUGCAGUGAUUCACACUUUCUCCCCAUCGCAGGACUCUGAGACCUCCAUUGAUACACUCACUCCGUCUGUGACCUCUGAGGAGACAGAGAGGGGGAGUAUAAAGGAGGAAGUCAGAGAGAGUCAGGAGGAGAUGGAGAAAGAGACUGAAAAGGAAAAUGGGAGACCAGCGAAUGUGGCGCAGCCCCAGGUAGCACGCAUCGGAGGCAGGAAGCGAUUGACUCCAGAGCAGAAGAAAAUGUGCUACUCCGAACCAGAGAAACUCAACCAACUUGGAGGUGCUCCUCACCACUCUUCAUGCCGCUCCUUUGGCAACGAGAGUGAAAGCAUAUUUGCACCUGAAGGCGAGGGAGAGGAACAUGUGAAGCAAGGAGAGCCAGGACUAGUUGCAUCACGGAGGAAGAUGUUUGAGACAAGAGGCAGAGCCCACUCAGCCUCUAACGCCUCAAAGACAAACUUAAAACAUAUGCAACACAAGGCCCUGGUGGAGUACAUGGAGCGUAAGACGGGCCAGAAAGUGGCUGAGCCUCAGCAGCCGGCACCUCAGUUACCACCUCCGUCCAGACAGAGACAUUCUCUGGGGGAGAAACCCUUUGACUGGGGUCCCAGGCCCCUUUCAGCAAAUCAUGAAGGCAAAAACAAUAAGAAGAAACUUCACAGACCCCACUCUGCAGGCCGCAUCCUUGAUUCCCCUUCCAGCUCCAUCAGGUAUGCCCAGUUCUUCUCAGCACAGUCUUGUUCAGGACAGUAUGCUGGCCAGUCAAAUCAACCCAGAUGGAGGGAGAGUCAUGGUCCAUCUCAGGGGAAAUCUGCCUCAGUGGAGAGUCUCUUGGACCAGCCCGAGCCACCUAAUUUCUUCAGGAACAGAUCCACAUCUACACCACAUGCAUUUCAGGCGCUAGACUGCGAGGAGGAUCCCUUACCACUUCAUACAAUGGAAACCUGCAGUCCUCAGACGAAUGCCACCGAUGAUUCCUUAAUCAAGCCGGCUCCUGAGGGCCAGCAGCGUGUUCGUGUGGUUGCCCAGAGAGGCAAGUCCAUGGAAGAGCUCGGGUCAUCCAAACUAACAAGACCAUCAGCAAUGAGUAAAAGUUCUGAGCAGCUGGAUCGACUGUGGAGGGAUUCCACUGGACCUGGAGGACCGGACAGAGACAAGAGGAGUGUCUCAUUCUUUGCAGAAGUCAGAGGGGCCCAGGGGCAGGACCGAGGGAGGAAGAAACAAAAUGUCACUGAGAAAGCGGGGAAAGAACCCGAGAUUGUUGGUCAAAACCAGAAAACAUUCCUGAAGCAGAACUCAGAAGCAGGGGAGGAAGCCACGGUAGGAACAAGAAACUCCAGUAGAUCCACUUCCCCAGCCUCCUGCUCCUCUUCCCGGGCCAGGGUUCACUCUGCAUCUCAAGGCCCAGUCACCGAUGAGUUCAGGUCCAGUAGACCACCCAGUGAGACCUCAUCUGAACCACCUUCUCCAAGAUGUCUCGAGACCAGUGAGAGGGAGAUCAAACCCACCUCGUCCACCCCCACCCAGACAAAGCUUCCUUGUGAAAACAGACCAAGCUCCAGAAUCAGGACUUCUCCAUCUGUUAUUGGAUCAGAGAGAGAGCAAUCAGUGGAUGAACCAAGCUAUGACUCCCCGCAGCCUGAUACAAACCAUGAAGUGUCUCUGAGCUGCGGCGUCACCACAGAUCCAUCGCUGUGGAUUCUCCCUCCAGAGGAAGAGAUCAAAGUGGAUGUCCAGCCAUCACCGCUGACAGACAGCGUUUUUGAUGAUGAGUCCACCAGCUCGGCCCCUCCAACUCAAACAAGUGAAGCCUCUGUGUCUCCGUGCACCUCCGUCUCUGACGCAGAUAUCAUUCAGCAGGUGGAGGAGGAGGAAAAUCCAGAAACAGAAAAGGAGAAGUCCGGAGAAAAGCAGGAGAUGGAGGAGAGAGAGACACCAGAGGGAGAAACAGAGAGCCUGGAGAAGCCUGCUGAGAGACCUCAGUGGAAGGAGCUGGUAGAAGUGGUGGUCAAGGCCGAUCAGUCACUGGCCAGAGUGUUCUACCCGCUGGCAAAUCGUAAGACAGCGCUGAUGCUGAUGGAGCAGCUGCUGUCAGAGGACACGCUGCUGAUGGAGGAACACUAUAAGAAGAAACAGGAGCAGAAAGGAGCUGUGGAGAGUGCUGAAACAGUUGAAAGGGCUGAGUCAUCUCCUUGUCCUGCUCCUGACAGCCUUAAACCUCAGUGUACAGACCUGCAGAGCAAAGCUGACGUCACUGAGAAGAAGCGCCUGUUAGUGUCCUAUAUCGAGGAGCGUCUGCAUUCGUUGGAAGAGACUCGUGAUGCCCUCCAAACAGAGAUUCAGGAGAAUGUGGCCCACGGAGAGGCCCUGGAGGUGCUGGUCCGUGAACGCUGUCUGCCCGUGGAGCUGGAGAGGUACAACCUGUUCAUAGGAGACCUGGAGAGAGUGGUCAACCUGCUGCUGUGCCUCUCUGCUCGGCUGGCCAGGGUGCAGAACGCGCUGAGCACCGUGGACCAACACACAGAUGCUGAGGAGAAGCAAUCUCUGGACAGUCGCCACCGUCUGCUGUGCAAACAGAGGGAAGACGCCAAAGAUCUGAAGGAUAACUUGGACCGGAGAGAGAACCUAGUCUCCACCUUCCUGUCUCGUCAGCUGUCCGCUGAGCAGCUGCAGGACUACCGGCGCUUCGUCCAGACCAAGGCCUCGCUGCUGAUCCGACAGAAGGACCUGGAGGAGAAGCAGAGGCUGGGAGAGGAGCAGCUGGAGGUUCUUUCCAACAGCUUGAAUCUGUGAAGGGAGGAGCAACAAAAGCACAGAUUCUUCUUUUCUUUCUUCACUUGCAUAGAAGGAGGGUGGCUUCUUCCAUAAAAAAAAAAAAAAAACAUUUUGUCUGUAGUGUGGGCACAGAUAUCUCCAACAUUUUGCACCCUGUUCUGACUUUCUUUUGUCCUUCAAAGAGUUCGACGGGGCUCUUCUCACAUGAGAUGAGCAACAAAGAUUGCUAAGACUGAAGCUCCUUGCCUUUCUGUCAUCCAACCAAGGGUGCCCAGAACGCUCGCCUCCAAUCUCCGCCCAUUGUCAAUCUGCACAGUGUGCACCUGAAGACUUUCCCCCAAAGUGUCGCACAUGUUUCAGUUGACUUUGAACAGAGGACUGAGCGGUUUGUCCGUGUGCCUUGAUGUCUUGAUGGUGUUGCUUUGGAACGUUAACCGUUAGCGCUGCUGCAUGGAAACUUUGCGUCCUCUAUUAGCAACUGAGCAACUGUCUUUCACUUUUUCAAGACGACGGUAGUGCUACAGCCCUGUAUCUGCACCUGUGGAAACCUAUUAUAAGCUUUAAGAUUGUAUUUUGACCUGUGAGAGCGCUUCGGAGAAAGAGUAGCUGUACUGUAUCUUGUCAGUAAAAUAUACAGUAGAUUACACAGAUUAAAUCUUUUUUUUGUGUAAAUAUUCUUAUUUUUAAACAUGUUUCAAAUUAAGGCACUAAAAACCAAAAAGGGUGAAUGAAAAAAAGCACUUUGUAAUGAUACAUGAAUGCACAUUUCUUCAAAUCAGAUUCAAGUAAUUUCAAGUGAAAGCCUUACUCCAUCCAUUCAAAUUAUAUUUCUGUUCUUUGUUUCUUUUUAAUUAUGAAUAGGAAUGGUGAAAUAAUCUUUUCAAAAGGUACAUGAGCACACCCAGCAACAUUAAGGAUUGUGUACAAAUACUUUUCCAGCUAAUUUCAUGCUUAAUGUCAUUAAGUCUCGAUGAUUUCAUGCUGGAACGGUUCCUCAUAAGGAGGUGCUAAACCUUAAAGCAGAUUAUAAGUAACCAACAAUUAUAUCACUGAGUAUUUUCUCCCAUUGUCCCUUUGUUGCAGAAGUGACACGUGAUACUUGAAAUAUUUUUUUAAAGAGCAAAGUCCACAAUCUUCACUUCAGGUGUCUUAAACUAAUUUUCUAUUCUCUACCUCCACAGCGUAGCCCCUUUUAGACAUAUGUAACCUUUAAGUUUAUUUAAAUGUACACAGUAGUCUUAAGUUAAAAUGCUGUUCUUGUUUUGCCCUGAAUGAAAAUACACCUUUGAAUCAAAUGUCCUGCUAAUUUUAAACUGCAGCUGUGUUUCUACAUUAAUGUGUGUCCUUAGUUUUUAUAGUUAUAUUAAUUUCUUUUUACUGAAUUUUCAACCAGACAUGUCGGAGAGUUUAAGAGUGGCGUUGCUUUACGUCAGAAUAUGUGUGUGUGUGCUUGAAAUCAUGAAUUUCUUGAUUUCAUGUGUGUAGAGUUUAGUUGCUGAACAGAGAGACAGAACUCCUCUCAGUGUUUGCCGUUUUCAACAGAACUCAUAUAAAGUCAUAAAGUGAUGAAAUGUUGUCGUCCCUCAGGAAAUUAUACCCGUUGGCUGUACUGAAAAAAAAAAUUGAUCCAGUUUUUUGGGUUAACUGUUGUGUGUAUAAUAUUUGACUAAUAAUGACCACAAAGGGGAUCAUUAUCAGCCUCUACUCAUUAAAUUGUUAGCUCAAAAUGUUAAAAAAAACAAAUCAACUGGAAACUCUUUUACGUUAAAAGAUAUUUUCUUUCUUUUCUUUUUUUUUUUUGCUAAAUAGUUUUUCCACCCCUUCCACUACCCCUAAAACAUUUCUCUGGAGAUUUACAACCCCGUCCGUUUCAGUUUGCCAAACAAACGUGUGUUUGUUUUGGCCUUUGUGCUGACGCAGGGCUGAAGGGUUAGAAAGACUCUCAUGUUGUUCCCCACAGCCUGCUGGAAUUCCUGAAGUAUGCAACAUUUUGGAGAAAGAAAAGACUGUGGGGGAGAAAGUGAGGAAAAACGCUCCAGCAGAGGAGGAACAGCAGCACAUGGAUAAAUACUCAUUUUUAGUUCUUGCUACGUGUGCGUACUAACAAACAUUUGACAACUUCCUGAGUCAUUUCUUGUUUCUGUCAAAGCAGUGUUUUGUUGGGGUCGCAGGAAAACAGGCCUGUUUUUGAAGUAGAUUUAUAUUUGUUUAGUUUGUUUCAAAUCUGUGUGACAUUGAUAUGAACAGAAUCUGUUUUUAACACCAAGAAGGAAAGACACAUUUCAGUGAGUCCCAGCUGGUGGGAUGACAGCAGAGACAUUUCUGAAUACACAUUUUCUGCUCUUUUUCACACCUGUUUUCUGUCGAGUUUGAGGUUUUUUUUGUGCCUGUUUGGAGUUGUAAAUUCCACUGUGUUCGUAAUAUUGUGAAUAAAUUAAGCUCUCCCUCUC